CCUACCAACAAAAAGGUACUCAGGUGGCCUUCGCCACCAUUCGGUUAUCCCUUUGUUUAACUGGCUCACUUUCCGCGGUCCCUAUAAUUGACCCCCAAGUCAACCCCAACUCACCCUGAUCUGGGCGCUAGACCGAGAUACAACUGACCUUCUCGUCAUUGUCGCCUAUCACCACCUCAGAACCAAGUGCACUGAAGACCUACGAAGGUGAGAACAUCAUCUUGAUGUGAUUCUGGCCUUCAGUGACGCGCUCAUUGCAACUCGACCACCUGUUUCUGUCAUCUGCGUCAUGGGGAGAGCCAAGAUCGAGGACAACAACUGGUAUGGCGUGGAGGAUCCACGGAAGAGAAAACAGAUACAGGACAGACUAGCACAGAGGGCGCGACGGAAACGCUUAGCAGAAGCCAAAAAGAUCAGUCUUCCAUCUCCGGACCGUGGCUCUAGCGAAACCUCCGAGUCGAACAAUGAGGCCGACGAAGAAAUGUUGCUGCAAUCGUUGGUGACGCCAGUGCCUCGAUCACCGACCGGCUUGCAGGCGAUUGUCGGACUAUCAACAAAGCCCGAUACUUGCGUGCACACCACCACUCCUGCCUCUGUAUACGCCGCGCUUUUCCACAAUGGCGCCAUGAUGGGACUGACAUGCUCCAUCAGCUUCACCUCGAAGUCGAGACCUUUCGGUGAAGAGAUCCCAGAUUCGUUGCGCCCGACUCCCCUGCAGCUUACAACCAUUCACCCGCAGUGGAUCGAUCGAUUUCCGUUCCCUAAAAUGCGCGAUAACAUGAUUACACUGCUCAGUAUCAUCGACGAAGAAGAGUUCUUGGGCGACUUGUUCUGUCUCACGAGCUUCACGGUCGACGGCCGGAUGGCGUCUUGGGAUCCUUCUGCGUGGAAAAUAGGUCAUGAGUUUUCUGCCAAAUGGGGCUAUCUAUUUUACUGAUUCACCCGACGCAAGAGAUCACUACAACUUCUCCUCUGAUCCUGUUAGUUCGGAAGUAACACUACUUUUUUUCCCGUCACAAUCUCAAGCUACCUUUAACGCCUGAGUUAUGAGCAUCGCUGUCUCCAACCCGGCACUCGCGUUGGGACAAUGCCCUGUCUUGAGGUUGUACACAUCGACUUUGUUGCCACUCUCUUUCUCGAUCAUCUCGAUGCACUUCCGUUGAAAUUCCGGAACCAGGAUGAGAUCGUCCUCACAGAAUAUCCACGACACCGGGACAUGAUUGUACCCCGGAUGUGUCAAUUUGUUAGCGAAACUCGGGGCUGAGUGCAAAGGCAUUUUCUUGACCCAGUCGAUCCCUACUUCUGGCGGCAGAUCCGAGAACGUCAACCGUGCGCUCUCCUCGGGCGGUUCGUGUCUCAUGUAUUCGCCCUGUCCAACGUGUGAGCCUCGCCGUGGUCAAAUGUGGCGGCGAUCUUACCUCGACCUUCAAAUACGCCGGCACUAGGUCCCCCAUUACAUCGGCCAACGACUUUCCAACUGGCGGUACCACCGAAGUAACGUACACUAUUCUGACCAGACCACCCUCUUUACCGGCCGCUUUACGCUCCGCUUUCGUCAAACCCUUCGAGGCUUCCGUACCAACUACGCCUCCAUAAGAAUGCGUGACAAAAACGACGUCCUUGCCCUGGUCGGCGAUUUUCUGCGCAACGUCGUGGAAGAAGGCAGCGUCAUCGGUCAACGUGGCCGCGGGUUGAGGAGGUGUCCGGCUGGCUGAGGGAAGGUCGUACGCCGCAGCCUCGAUACCAUUGUCCCGGAGCUGGCCAACGAUCUUGUCGUAGAAAUACGCGGGCGAAAAUGAGCCAGGAAUAAUGACAACUGUUGGCUCAGGAUCGGUACUGGCAUUGGCGUUUUGCACCAUUUUGAGAAUGCUGAAUCCCUAUGAGAAUAUAAAGAGUGGGAUGUCUUGCUUGGGUAGCUCUUAUGAUGACUUCUUCCAAAAUCCUAGAGCGUUUACGAGGAUACCUAUCAUGUCCAAAGAACAUGAAAACUCCCAAUAACCGAAUGUGCAAUGGAUUAAAUAUUUGUACCUAGGUAUUUGUUUGUCAUAAUCAGAAUAUGGGGGCUUCAAUGUCAGAAACAAGCCGGUUGUUUUACCC